AUGCGACUUCAGUACACCACCCUGCAGUGUUCGUUUACUGCACUCAUCGGUGCGAUUUUCCCUCUCGUCGUCGCUAGCGACUCGAUUGUUCAUGCCACAAACUCAAUACCGGAUGGCUCCAAGACGGAGGACAGCCCGAACUUUCGCGGGGCGGUGAUGGGCGAUGGAGGGUCGCCGCUCGCGCUGGAUUCGUUUAAUGGGCUGGAGAUCCGAGAUGGUACCACAGAGGACGGGGAGCUGAAUGAACUAGAGCUAGUGCGCCGGUACCCCGCUGACGCCAAGCCCCUGGGGAACAACCAGUUCCAGGAGAGCAACAUUCAUCUCGGGGAUGUCCACUGGUGGUACAUGCCCAAGAAAGAAGUGCAUGGCAAGAAAGGAAUCCCGACAACCGGGCUUCCUGCGUAUCUGGAUCCCGACAAUUUGGGCGACUCUGGUCAUGAAUUACGGAAACGCGACGAGUCGUCGAAAAAGACGACAACGGUCUACCUGUCGCUAACGACCUGCAGCAAGCCUUCUACCAAGCAUAACCACCACGACCAAGAUCUACCCCGGCAGCUGGAUGUCUAUGUAUCGACAUCUGAAAAGGUUCAGAAGCCAGGACCAGGUAAUGACGAUCAAAUUCAGACCAUGACCAGAGCCAGACACGGGUACGCGGGAUUCACGGUAGAAGCCGACCGCGAUGUUUUUAUCGGGGUUGCUGCUCCGAACUCGACCAGUCAUUCUGGGUCCUACAAGUACCAGAUUGCGGCUUCCAUUGACGCUUUCUUCCAUAGCGUGGUCGAAGAUGAAUCGUUGUUGUAUUUUGUCGACGCGGACGUCUCAGCGGCCCUGCUGGUGACCAACAACCUGACGCAGUCCGAGCCGAGCUCGGAGAACUACCAGCAGUGGAUGAACAUCACGCCCCCGUACACCAUGUUCGCACACAACAAUUCCAGCUCGACUCUCCGUGGACUGGAACGGUCGUUUUGUGCCCUGAACGAGCUUGCGCAGGUGGGCCAAAACAACCACUCGGUCGAGGUAGGCAUGACGCGCCGGGGACUCGGAAACAAGCCCAAACAGCAGUUCUAUUUGACGGGUCUCAAGUCGAAUUCUUGGUACAGCGGGACUCUGGCCCUGGUGAAUAAUUCGACUAAGCCAUUAAACGGCGUCAUUGGGGGCGGUGGGAGAGUGUGGAAGCCGAUAAAUUUCGCGACCAAGUUUGAGGACAACUGUGCCAUCCUGUUCAAUCUGACAUUUUGCUCGGAGGUUGCCUACGCGGUGCCCGCACGGCCUGACCUUAAAACGGACCACCUCCGGUCCAUCUACGACGACAAUGCGAAGGCGCUGUACAAGAACUUCACUUACUCGCUGCAGCAGGUGCAGUGCAAGACGAACCAGGAGGCGAUGUUUUCGCUAGCAGUCGACUGCGACGACUGCGCCAAUGCGUACAAGCAGUGGCUAUGCAGCGUCAGCAUCCCGCGCUGCGCCGACUUUGGCAACAACAAGCCGUACCUGGCAGUGCGUAACGCCGGCCAGAAAUUUCUCAAUGGGAGCUCGCUGCCGGCGGACAACAAGUACCGGCAGUCUCCCAUAUGGAACCAGUCACGGAACUCUUUGAUCGACACGGAGAUCAAGCCUGGUCCGUACAAGGAGGUCUUGCCAUGUCAGGAUAUUUGUUAUAAUUUGGUCAAGAGCUGUCCAUCAGCCCUGGGAUUCGGCUGUCCGACCGGGUCGUGGCUCAAUGCCUCGUACGGCUACCGCAAUGCCGAAGGCGACAUCACCUGCAGUUAUUUGGGUGCCGCAUACUACCUAAAUCGAGGAUCUCGCGUGCACAGCAUGGGAGGUGGACUCGGGUUGGUGGCGAUGUGGCUAGUCUUAUGGGUGAUGAUAUAG